GUGCGUUUGUAGACGAUCCCUGAAUUGUGUCUCGGCCUGUUUCCUGAUGUGUAUUUCCUGCGUACUCUGACUUGAAGCUUUGCUCUGUUGCUGGAUAAAUACUUUGAAAUGAUCUUCUAAAGCAGGGAUUAUGAUGUCUGUUAUUCGGACGUCUGCUUCUUUAUUGGUGGUUAUAUUGAUACAUAUAUACACAGUUACAGCAAAGCUGCCAGAACCUCAAAAUGUGAAAGUCCAAGGUGUGAACACUCGGUACAUCUUGAAAUGGGAUUGGGAGUGGGACCAACAGCAGGCUAACAAGAGCGUCAGAUUCACUGUUGAAUACAUACCUAGUUAUAAAUAUGAAAUGAAAGGUAAAAAGGAAUGGCGAAUGGUAUGUGAAAAAAUCCCAGGAACACAGUGUGACUUUUCAGAGAAGGUGAACUAUUUUGGAAUGUUCCAUCUGCGCCUAAGAGCGAAAAGUGGACGGGAAACAUCCCCCUGGGUCAUCAUAGAGUUCUGUGCAGAGAAAGAUGCUGACCUGGGUCCCCCAUCCAAAGUCAAUGUCAUAUCCAAAAAAGGAAUGCUGGAAGUUAUUAUAGCCGAUCCAAUGACCUCUGAAAACAAGUCGAUGCGCGAACUCCAGAAAAUUUACUUUAUGGUAGUUUAUUGGAAAAAUACAUCUGGUGCAAAGAAUGUAAGCCUUAUUGAAGAAAAAAAUGUGGCUAUACUUAUGGGUCUUGAACCCUGGACGGUGUACUGUGUGCAGGUUCAGUCCCUUAGUGAUUAUUAUGAAAAGAAAAGCCUUUUCAGCCCUAUGGUAUGCACCCAAACAACAGAUGAUGGCCACACUCCAUUGGGGUUGAUCAUCUUAAUCUUCUUUUUCACACUGGCUCUGAGCUUUGGAGGUACUCUGCUCUGCUCCUUCAUUGUGUUCCAGACCUACAGAGUUAUCAAAUAUACGUUCUUCCCUUUCUACCAGCUUCCUGACAAUAUACAAGAGUGUCUGAACGAGUUCACCCCGAUGGCCCAGUACUCUGUGCUGCUCUCAAAAGACAAAGAGAUUGAGCUUUGCUGUGAGAAGGUGGACAUUGUUUCCGAAGUGACCCAUGAACACUCUCCCAUUAGUGAGACGGCUUUGGAGACGGACCCUGUCAAUCAUUGCCGGCAAAAUAGUGGAGACUCAGGAGUUUAUUCCAGUGAGGACGGCUCUGGGGGAGUUGACGGUACAGGAGCACCACCAGAGACUGCUGGAGAGGAAUGAGGUCUUUGUGGACUGGUUUCUAAAAAUAGACAAGGAAGGGAUACCCCAGGAAUAAUAGCACAGAUAAAGAUAGUGGCCAAAAAUGAUUGCAUAAUUUAUUUUAUUUGUAAUUUUUUUUUUAAUAAACAGAAAGCAGAUGCUGGCUUACUCUGCUGUUGAAGAACACCCAGGCAAAUUCACACUUAUUCAACCCUGCAGUACUUGUAAAGUGGACUGAGAAAUUCAGAUUCCUUUUAAUAAAUGUCAGUUUACUAACCCCCCCCCCCCCCCCGUACUUUUUUACAAUGUGAAGUUUCUAUGUAUGUAAAAUGUAUAUAUCAUGUAAAUACUGUAUAUAAAAAUGUACAGAGGUACCCAAUUACAGAAUUGUAUAUGCAUUUUGUAUGUGACAAAUUUUUGAUGUGCAAUUGUAUUGUAAUAUUUGUGUGUGCUAUAUAGAGUAUGAUUGUUUAAUUUAGCAGGUGCUUCAAAGAUUAAGACCGAUUGGAAGCCUCAGGCAUAAAGUUAAGCACUGUGACUGUACAAUACAUAGCAGUAAUAAACAUUACAUAGAUUCAA